CGAAGAGACCACAGAAGAUGUCAACAAAAAAACUCUCCCGAAGAUGCCUCCGUCAACCUGAAUAAGAACUAGCUUAAUUUUGCCAUUCAUUAACAGUAACGAGCAGUAUUUUCUUUUUAUGCCCUUUUAACUAAAGCCUCACAAUGGGAACGCAUCUUUCGGGAGUAAACGUUGUUCUUGUUAUGACCUACGGCUGCCUGGUGUUUGUGCUGCUGUUCAUCUUUAUGAAAAGGCAGAUUAUGCGCUUCGCUAUGAAGUCUCGCAGAGGGCCGCAUGCCCCGCUGGGCCACAAUGCACCAAAGGAGCUGAGAGAAGAGAUCGAUUUGUGUUUGUCUAAAGUGAAUGACAUUCGCUAUGAGCCACGUCUGCUCUCUAAAGAUGACGACCGACUGAGGCAUCAGGGCCAGAUUGGUUGUUAUAACUAUCUCUACAGAAUGCAAGCGUUAGAUGCCAUCAGAGACUCUGAUCUCCCGCUUCAGGAUAUAUGUCGCAGUGCGAGUGCUCUGACGGGCCGCCAGUACAGGAAGUGGCUGAUGGAUCUGCGAAUCUCUCACUCUCUGGUCAAGUUCAAUCAUAGUGCACUUCUGGAUCGCUUGCUGGAGGGUUAUGACAAUGCUCGACACGGCACCGGGGUGUUUGGUGAAGCAGAGUUUGUGAAGUAUAAAGAAGAUCUGACUGAACUGGCUGCUCUUGUAAAGAGUCACUCCAACAGCAGCAGUCUGAACCAGCAGCACCAAUCAGCAGCCAAAGACCUGACCAGCUCGCCCGGCCCAUCGUCCACCUCCACCAUCCAGGUCACCUACCUGCCGUCCAGCGGUCAGCGCAGCAAGAGGCCCAAACACUUCCUGGAGCUCAAGAACUUCAAAGACAACUACAACACAUUGGAGAGCACGCUUUAGAGGAACUGGGUGAGUAAAUCUUGACUGAAAAAUCAUCAUCCACACCGUGGGAGACGCUGGAAAAAAAAGCCCUCGAAUCACUCUGAGAAUGUGAAAAAAAUGGCAGAAGAGGUGAUGAAAUCUGUGGGAUUCAUGUCAGCUGCUGCUUUGAGAACAAUGCAGGAAUAUUGCGUUUGCUCAUGUUAUGUUUUCCUGUCAGAGUUUACAGGAAGAUGUUUUCUUGUGCUGGAAGUCAAAGCCACGGUUUAGCAGGUUUCCUUUAUGGAAAAGGCCUUUUCAUAGGAACUGGGAGAGUUCUGUAUCUUUAUUGCCCAAAGAGCACAAACAAAGCCGCUUGUUUAACUGAGAUGAUAACUUUAACUGGAAUUGCUUAUCAGUCAUAAACGUAUAGAGUCAAUCUAGGGCCAGAUAUACUUGCAAAAUAAAAGAAAGUUUUGCAAACAAAAAAUAAAGUAUUGAGCAAAAAAUAAAUAAAUGCAAAUCUCCAAAAAUAUCCACAAAGCGAAAAUUACGUUUUAAGAAAUAAAAAGGAAAUUUACAAACAAAAAAAAAAAGAACU